UCCCGCUCUGCCGCAGGGAGCCAGGGCACGGCGCUGCCGCGGUCCGCGCCUCCCCCAGUCCCCAUGGUUACAGCUCCUGCUUCCCGGCCGGUCCUUCAUUCCCCUGGCUGCUGCUGCAGAAAUCAGGCGCGCAGGCGGCUGGCGUCCCCCAACCCAGAGCUGGAAACUGCCUGCAGAGAGCGCAUUGGAUGCCUGCUCUUCUCGGCUCUGACUCACUCCCUCCGGGUGCAGAGCUCCGUCCCCAGCGCAGUGCUCUGGCCAUAGCCAGUCGCCAGGCUGCAGCCCUGCAAUCUGUUGAUAACUCCACUCACAAGCUCCAGUCGAAUGCCUGUCAUCAUAGGAAGCUGUUCCCUAACACGAGGGACAUGCCAUAUCUCGCCUAUGAGAAGCCUGAGACCUGUGCCUCUCCAGAUGCCUUUACCAAAAUAGGUGGGUCAGCCUGCAGCUCCUCGGUCAUCCUGUCACAGACACCCUGAGGUAGCCUUCCCAGGACUUCCACUGUGACUGCUAUUUGGGACUUGAUCUUCCUGAUGGCCAUGGAGGCUAGAGGGGAGAAGGGCGCAACAUAGUGGUCGACGCCAGCAACCCCACCGGUGCUCUUGCCUCUCUUACUCUGCAGGGCUCAUGGAUUUGAAGACUGUCCUCUCCCUGCCCCAGUACCCAGGGGAGUUCCUGCACCCCGUGGUGUAUGCCUGCACUGCGGUCAUGCUCCUGUGCCUCCUUGCCUCUGUCAUCACCUACAUCCUGCAUCAGAGUGCCAUCCGGAUCAGCCGGAAAGGCCGGCACGCGCUCCUCAACUUCUGCUUCCACGCGGCUCUGACCUUCACCGUGUUUGCUGGUGGCAUCAAUCGCACCAAGCACCCCAUCCUAUGCCAAGCGGUGGGCAUUGCACUGCAUUAUUCUACGCUCUCUACCAUGCUGUGGAUCGGAGUGACUGCCAGGAACAUCUACAAACAGGUGACCAAGAAGGCCCUGCCAUGCCCAGGUGCAGACCAGCCACCGUACCCCAAGCAGCCCUUGCUCAGGUUCUACCUCAUCAGCGGAGGGGUCCCUUUCAUCAUCUGUGGGGUCACAGCUGCCACAAACAUCAGAAAUUAUGGGACCGAGGAUGAGGACGUGGCAUACUGCUGGAUGGCCUGGGAACCCAGCUUGGGUGCAUUCUAUGGGCCAGCUGCCUUCAUUGCCCUGGUCACCUGUGUAUACUUCCUCUGCACGUAUGUGCAGCUGCGACGUCACCCAGAGCGCAGGUACGAGCUCAGAGAGCGCGCCGAGGAGCAGCAGCGGUUGGCGGUGUCAGAGAGUGGCCAUCGCCAUGGGGUACGUCCCGGCACACCACCACCCAGCUGUGAUGCCCUGGCUGCCUCCCAGCUGCAGAAUGAGCAUUCCUUCAAGGCCCAGCUGCGUGCGGCUGCCUUCACGCUGUUCCUGUUCACAGCCACAUGGACCUUCGGGGCCCUGGCUGUGUCUCAGGGCCACUUCCUGGACAUGAUCUUCAGCUGUCUGUAUGGCGCCUUCUGCGUGACGCUGGGCCUCUUCGUACUUAUCCACCACUGUGCCAAGCGGGAGGAUGUGUGGCAGUGCUGGUGGUCAUGCUGCCCCUCUCGGGGAGACACCUCAGCCACCAAGCCCAGUGCCCACCCUACACUCAACGCCAAUGGGGAUGCGCUGGGCCAUACAGCCUGCCUGCAGGACUCACCAUGCCCUGGAAAACUCAGAGCCUUUGGCCAUCCACCAGCCAGCCACUGCAAGAUGACCAACCUGCAGGCUGCCCAGGGCCAUGUCAGCUGUCUGUCACCUGCCACCCCCUGCUGCGCCAAGAUGCACUGCGAGCAACUAAUGGAGGAGGAGGCCCACAUGCACAUGGCUGAGGAGGACACCUUCCCUCACGAUCCCCACCUGCAUGACCCUCACCUGCACAGGUGCCUCAAGGGCAGAACUAAGCCCCACUACUUCAGCCGGCACCAGGCAGCCGCAGCCGAGAGGGAGUAUGCCUACCACAUCCCCUCCAGUCUGGAUGGCAGCCCCCACAGCUCGCGCACAGACAGCCCCCCCAGCUCCCUUGAGGGACCAGUAGGAGUGCAUACAUUGGCCUGCUGUGCCCAGGCCGAUCCCUUCCCCAUGGUCACCCAGCCUGAGGGUGGGGACAUGAGCCCUGGGCUCUAUGGCUGUCCCCCACGACUGUCCCCAGGCCCUGCCCACUUGGAGAUGCUACGAAGGACACAGUCUCUGCCUUUCGGGGGCCCCAGCCAGAAUGGGCUGCUCCAGGGUGAUGUUCGAGAAGGCCUGCCAUUUGGCACUGAUGGGACAGGGAACAUCCGAACGGGACCUUGGAAAAAUGAAACUACAGUGUAACCAGGUUGGGAACACAACUCCGGCACCAGUGCCACCAUGUGUCCUGUCCCUGCAGGAGCUUCAGAGCAGAGAGUGACACUCUGCUCUGGGAAGGUAAUGGGCUGGGAGGGUCAUCAAGUGACCAAGUGGCUCAGAAGUGGUUCAUGCCCCUCAGUCAUGACCCCUUUAAUUGUGAAAGAGCUCUUCAGGAGAACACUGGGCCACACACACCGCCACUGGUUCCAAGGUGGGAGGUAACUCUCCAUAAGCUUGUCACCUGCUUUCUGUUUAUAGCACCUUCCCUUACUGCUAGGAGGGAAGCUGGGAGACCUCCACAAAGACUCCAGCUGGUGUUCCUGCCUUUGGUACCUGUGUGCUAGGUUUUACUCUAGGGACCACAGCAGUGGCCCUCCAGAGCACGCUCACACGGGGCUGUCCUUGGUCACCUCACACCUGCAUCUUCACUGGGGACCACCUGGCACCUCUGCCUGCUCACCACCUGCACCCAGAUGGGACAUGGCCCUGGCCUGACAGCCUGAGGGCAUCUUGGGUGCUGAGAAUGGGCCUGCUGUGGAGCUGUGGGAAAGGAAGCAGCCAAUGGCUGUGGUCUUCAGAGAGGUGGCCCCAGCCCCUCUGAGCCUAUGCUUCGGAAAGAUGCCCACACACUUUUCGAUGGAGACCUGGCUUUGGAAGUCAGCCGCUGUCGGACUGGAUUGUGUUCCAAUGUGAGCAUGUAGUAAUCAAGUUCUCUGUUCCACAGGGAGGGGCUAACCGGGGUGUGAUGGUCAUCACAGGUGAAAAAUUCUUUUCCUUUCUUUUGUCAUUUUCAUGAACACUUGGGUACAAAGCCCCACCUCAAAGAAUAGACGUCAACAAUGAGCUUUUUGUAAAAGCAAAUGUCUUGUCCUAGGGGAGGUCCUCACAGAGGUGAGAGCCCAUGAGUCCAGAGAUGCCAACCUAUGAGACUGUCCACCUUUCCUUUCUGUCUUUCUCUUUCCAAUUUGUGGUUCAUAUGCACACACAUGUACACACACAUACACAUACACACACCACAUAUGCACACAUAUAUAUGUACACUGCACAUGUGUAAACCCACAUACUUAUACACAUUUACAGUUACAAUAUGCAUACCACAGACAUGUGCAUCCACACACCUGCUCACCACAAACAUGCAUGUGCACACACCUGCACACCACCAUGCAUAUGCAUACAUACUGCAAUACCUACAUAUUGCAAUACCUACAUACAGACAUACUGUUCACAUAACCCACAAAUAAUUAGUGCAUUUCAUAGCCCUGAGCACUGGGCUCCUCUGCAUAUGUGAAGAGUCUCUGUGACUUGCUUCACAGAGCAAAGCCUUGCUGACAACCUCCUCUCGGAGAACAGGCCACAGCUAAGUUCCGAGAGCAUUGGAGGCGGCACCUUCUGCAGCCCGUGGUGGGCAGUGCCAUCUAGAGGCAGACACUCAGUAUCUGAGUAAGCAGACUGGCAGGCAGAUCUGACAUUUACAGGCUCCUCUGUGACGCUCUCCCUUAAAGCAGCAUUCUGCACCCAUCCUCCAGGUGGGUAGCCAGGGACCACCAGGCCGUUUCAGCUCUUUUCACUACCGGGCUUCUUUACCUGCUUGCGUAGCUGACGUGUGCAGAACCCACCAUGCUGUGUGUGUACUGUAGAUUCAGACCAUCCAGAGGAAAAUACAGUGUUUUACAUUGUU